AAAGCCGCAGCUUACAACCUAAUCGACACUAUCGAACCGAUAAACACUAACAUGACGAAACUGGUGUGUCUCAUCAUGGUUGUAGCUACCACGUCAGCUGCUCGGCUAGACCACCUUCUCCCAGGAUAUAGCUACAAUAGUGGGAACGGUGGGAACAACGCAGCCCCCUUCCACUUUGAGAACGUUAACAAUGGAGAUGGGAGCUAUCGGUUCAGUUAUGAUACGCCAACGGGUAUUUCUGCGCACGAGAGUGGGGCCCCUCGCGCUCCGGGCCCCGAGGGCCUUGCUGUGACUGCAGAAGGCGGCUUCUCCUACAGGGCCCCAGAUGGCCAACAGAUCUCACUGCAAUACACUGCCGAUGAAAAUGGUUUCCAUCCCGUGGGAUCCCACCUACCUACUCCCCCACCUAUUCCUGCAGCAAUUCAGCGCUCUCUCGAAUUCAAUAGGCAAAAUCCAUCACACGGUGGCCGCAAUCACUACUGAACUUCGCUUGUAAGUGCAACGUACCUCAUAAAGCUGGGACUGUGAUAUCGAGACAAUGACCAUAAUUUAAAAAUGAUUAUUUAUGCAAGCUAUUAAUAAAGUCAUUCAAUUAA